CCACCCGGCCGACGCCGCGUCUCCCCCAUCCCCCCCCCCCCCCCGCCCCCUCCUCGUCGGCGCCACCGCCGCCGCAGGCUCGCCGCCUAGGGUUCCUUCCACUCUCGGCGCAAGGGGCGUAGGGAGGUUGAGAGGGAGCGAGCGAGCGAUGGAGGGGUGGGUGGCGACGGUCGCGUACACGGGCACGGCGCUGGCGUGCGCCGCGGCGGCGACGGUGGUGGCGCUGCGCCUCGUCUACCGCCACCUCCUCCACUACGCCGAGCCCACCCACCAGCGCUUCAUCGUCCGCAUCAUCCUCAUGGUCCCGGUAUAUGCUGUGAUGUCAUUUCUUUCCCUUGUACUACCUGGUAGCGCCAUCUACUUCAACUCUAUUCGCGAAAUCUAUGACGCAUGGGUCAUCUACAAUUUCUUUUCACUCUGCUUGGCAUGGGUAGGAGGUCCUGGUGCCGUGGUAGUAAGUUUGACUGGCCGAUCUCUGAAACCGUCAUGGUUCAUGAUGACUUGCUGUUUUUCAGCUGUUCCUCUAGAUGGGCGUUUUAUACGGAGAUGCAAACAGGGUUGUCUGCAGUUUGUGAUCCUCAAGCCAAUAUUGGUUGUUAUAACCUUCAUUCUUUAUGCCAAAGGAAAAUAUGAAGAUGGAAAUUUUAGUGUCAAUCAAUCCUAUCUAUACAUAACUAUCAUCUACACAAUUUCGUAUUCGAUGGCACUGUUUGCUCUAGCACUGUUCUACGUAGCAUGCAGAGAUCUUCUUCAGCCAUAUAAUCCUGUUCCAAAAUUUAUCAUUAUCAAAUCAGUGGUGUUCCUCACCUACUGGCAGGGCGUCCUGGUUUUCCUUGCUGCGAAAUCUAGAUUCAUAAAAAAUGCUGAAGAAGCUGCUUAUCUCCAAAAUUUUGUGCUUUGUGUUGAGAUGCUCAUAGCAGCUAUUGGGCACCAAUUUGCCUUCUCGUACAAGGAGUAUGCUGGUUCCAAUGCCCGUCCUUUCGGUGGAUUCAGGGGAAGCCUUUUUCAUGCUCUGAAAUUCAAUGACUUCUAUCAUGAUACUGUGCACCAGUUUGCACCAACAUAUCAUGAAUAUGUGCUCUACAGUAACGAGGAAGAGGAUGAACCGACAAAAUAUAGCUCUGCCAGUGUUGUGUCAACAGUACAGGACAUACAGCUGGUAGAAGUCUCUGUCGUGGACUCGAAAGCUCCGUUGGCAUCAGUCAUCCUAACACAUGAGGCAGAUAAAACAAUGCCCUCCCAUGGCAUGGAAGAAACUGUUGCCCCUUCAGAGCCAUACGACCUCUCAAACUUGGUUGAUGUAGAACUGUCCAAUUACUCUGCUGAGGUCCCUGCAAUUCCUGAUGUGGGGAAACAAUGAUAUUGUGUGAUAUAUAUCCGUCAGAUGUAAAUGGGUAGCGCUCACGAGUUGUUCAUAGAUUACACUGUAAAGGUAUCCUUGUAAUCCUUUGUUUCUGCCAAUUUUUCCCCGUUGCUAGGGACGUGCUGAUAUCUUUGGUUCAAAUUGAGCUAAACUGACAGAUUAGCUGAUGGUGUCAAGUAAAUUUGUAAUGUAGGGAGAAGAGAAUGUAACAUGUUUCUCAGUUUUGUUGUUGCUGAUAAAGCAUGUCUGGUCAAAUGCGUUAUGUCCUUAUGGGUAUCGAUGCACUCCUGUUACAUAA